CCCGCCCACUACUGACGACGGCCCGAACAACACAAAGCCAAGGUGGGCUCGCUACCCCACCAGCCGGCACCAGCUGGCAAGGGGCAGCUGGCUGGCCGGCAACAGAAUCCGAAAUCCUGUCACUUAGCUUGGCUUUAAUCUUGUCUAGCUUGUUUACCCCUCUUCUCGUCAUUUCUCCUUUAGCAUCAACAAGAUACCCAUUCAGCACAAAUCAGCAACCAUGGAUAUGAACAAGCUCAUGAGCGUCGGCAAGGAAAUCCUCGCCAAAAGCCAAAACGUCAACCUUGAUGGCGAUAUGAAGGAUGCUCACCAAGAGGCCAACUCCCAGGCUGGCGCCUCUGGCAACUCCGAUCUCUUUGCCAACGUGCUCGGCUCUCUUUCUCAGCAGCAGAGCCAGAUCGCUGAGGCUCCCCAUGUCGACGAGCAGGACGCCGUUGAGAAGCAUGAGGCCGCUUACAACAACGACAACAACAACGCUUCCCACGAUGCUAACAGCCUUGGUACCGCUGCUGCCAUGCAGGCUCUCAAGAUGUUCAACCAGCGUGGCGGCGACCAGAACCAGAGCCAGGGUGCCUUCAUUGGUACUGCCCUCUCCGAGGCCAGCAAGCUCUUCGAUGACAAGAGCGCCAAUGGUCAGGUUCCCAGCGGCACCAGCAAGGAGAAUGUUCUUCAGAAGGCCGGCGAGAUGGCCAUGAAGAUGUACUUCAAGAGCCAGAUGGACGCUGGCGGUAGCGGCGGCAGCGCUGGAAACCUCAUGAACCUCGCCUCCAAGUUCCUCAACAAAUAAAUGCUACCGACACUUGACAAAGGAUGAAGCAGCAGACACAAAAGUAGUCACACUUAUACUACAGGAUAUAUAUUAAAAGAAAUACCUCUUGGCCUUCUACGGUCACCUCAGUUAA